UGCUGUCUCACGACUGCAUUUGCGCAUGCGCAGAUGUGCAGGUCUGCUUUGAGCGGGUCGCGAACUCUGACCUCCUGUAGCUGCAGUGAGCCGUCAGUUUACGAGAAUUUAUCAAAACACCACAGUAGUUGGAUAAUUUCUCACGCGUUCGGGUGGGCAUGUGGCUGAUGGGGCGUUGCUGAGCCUCGGUUUUGACAGAACGGUAUCAUGGAAGGAGAAAGUCCCAGAAUUCAGCUGGUGUCUGCAGAUGGAGGCCUACAGAUUGUGACGCAGCAGCAGUUGACUCAGAAGCUGCAGAUAGUCACAGCCAUUGAUCAGGCUGGAGCCGGCAAGCAGCAGUUUAUAUUAGCUAACCUGGAUUACCCCAACCAGGAGAAACUGUUCAUCAAACAAGAGAACUCACCAACCAAGGUCAUCUUAACAUCUGCUGAUGGGUCUGCUGUCAAUCAGCUGCUUUUCGCAUCGCCUGAGCUGACAGGACAACAGAUCCAGUUUGUGACGGAAGGCUCAGAACAGGGCACCCCGAAGCCUCCAGUGGAGUAUUGUGUAGUUUGUGGAGACAAGGCCUCAGGUCGUCAUUAUGGAGCAGUGAGCUGUGAGGGCUGUAAGGGUUUCUUCAAGCGCAGCAUCAGGAAGAAUCUGGUGUACACGUGCCGCGGGUCUGGAGAAUGUGUCAUCAACAAACACCAUCGAAACCGGUGUCAGUACUGCAGACUGCAGCGCUGCAUGGUCCUCGGCAUGAAACAAGAUUCUGUUCAGUGUGAGAGGAAACCGGUGGAGGUGUCGAGAGAGAAGCCAGCAAACUGUGCGCCCUCCAUCGAAAAGAUCUACAUCCGUAAAAACCUCUGCAGCCCGCUCGCCGCCAUGCCAACGUUUGUUAGUGAAAAAGAGACUGCCAGGUCCACCAGUUUACUGGACUCCAACAUGCUCUUGAACAUCCAGCAGUCUCUUUCCAAACUUGACAACACCAUUUUAAUUCCUUCUUCACCAGAUCAGAAUGAUUCUAGUCAAGGAGAUCUGGGUACCUUGGCCAACGUGGUCACAUCACUCGGUCACCUCAGCCAAAGUCGUGAGAUGAUGGACAGCAGCACCGACCUAUCGGGGAUAGAGACCAUGAGUAACGAGGACAGCGUUAUGACGGACAUUCAAAGGGAUGAGUCGAAUGAUGUCACACGGGCCUUUGACACGCUCACAAAGGUGCUUCAUUCGGAGGAGGGUUGUGGGGAAGAGGUGGCUGAGGGGGCUGUCAGGGUUGAUGAACAGACCACCGCCCUAAAUGAUUCUAGUCAAGGAGAUCUGGGUACCUUGGCCAACGUGGUCACAUCACUCGGUCACCUCAGCCAAAGUCGUGAGAUGAUGGACAGCAGCACCGACCUAUCGGGGAUAGAGACCAUGAGUAACGAGGACAGCGUUAUGACGGACAUUCAAAGGGAUGAGUCGAAUGAUGUCACACGGGCCUUUGACACGCUCACAAAGGUGCUUCAUUCGGAGGAGGGUUGUGGGGAAGAGGGAUCUCGGAUCAAAAAACUGUCCCCAGAGCGUGUGAAGCUAGUCAUGGAGCAUAUCUGGCGUAUGCAGGAAUUUUGUAACAGUAUGAGUCGCAUGAGUCCUGACGCAUACGAGUAUGCUUACCUCAAAGCUGUGGUUCUCUUCAGCCCAGAUCACUCUGGAGUGGACGGCACCCUUCAGAUCGAACGCUUUCAGGAGAAAGCCUACAUGGAACUGCAGGACUAUGUGAGCAAAGUGUAUCCAGAGGACACAUAUCGUCUUUCAAAACUGUUAGUUCGUCUGCCUGCUCUGCGGCUCAUGAGCGCGGCGGUGACCGAAGAGCUCUUUUUCACCGGUUUAAUCGGGAACGUUCAGAUCGACAGCAUCAUUCCCUACAUCCUCAAAAUGGAGUCUACCGACUACAACAGCCAGCCAAUCAGCACUGCCGAGUGAUAGAAACCCCGCCCACAGCCACACCCAUCAGCUUUGCUCGCUCAGACCCUUUGAGCCUAAACGGAUAUAAUCAUGUGCAUUUUGAAUGAGAAAAUCAUUUUGUUCUGGCUUUGCUUUUUCAUUUGGUUAGUG